AACUGAAAACUUCCAAAACAAACAUAUGAAGUAAACAACAAGUACAAUACAGAUUCCGAGUUCAGAAGUAACAAAUUAUUAAUAUAGGCGUUUAAAUGUAAAGAAAGUGUGGUUUAUAGAUCAAUGACAUACUAUAUGGCUACCUGCCAGUGUAUACCACAUAACUAAUUAUAAAUCAUAAAGUAAAGGUGUGCUAUUGGAGAUGCUUGUUAUAUGGAUGUUACUUUCCUAAAAUAAUUCUUUCGCUUCUAGAAUUAGAUACCUAGACAUUUAUAGACAAAUCAUUUAAAGGACCGUGUUCUACCAUCUAAAAACAAUGGCAUACUUGACACAAAUAGCAGAAAUCACGGAUUACUUAUUUCUCUGUAGUGCAACAGCAAUAACUCGUCAACGAUUGUCUUUACUUGGAAUAACCCAUAUAAUAAACUGCACUUUAGACGUACCAAACCUUAAUGUGUCAGGGGUUCAGAGUACACAAAUCCACGUCGACGAUCAUCCACAAGCACAGCUAUAUCUACAUUUCGACCGAGUGGCAGACGAGAUCAGUACCAUAGCGUCACGUGGAGGGAAGGUUAUAGUUCAUUGUGUAGCUGGUGUCAGCAGAUCUGCCACACUAUGUAUAGUUCACCUGAUGAAAUAUCACAGAAUGACUUUGGCAAAAGCUCAUGAUUAUGUGGCGAAAAGGAGGUCGGUGAUUCGUCCAAAUAAUGGAUUUUGGAGGCAGCUGAUUGACUACGAAAGAAAGUUGUACGGACGCAACAGUGUCCACCUGGUCAACUCUAAUGUGGGCAUGGUUCCUAAUUUAUACACAGAUAAGGAUUUGUACUGUUUUGUCCAUAGUUGAAGAAAACUAACCAUGAAAUAAAGAUACGGCCAUAAAAAGAAUGAACUGAUGUUACCUGCAUUGUUGACUGUUAUAGGACAAUGAAGUGUUAUAUUAUAUUUACUUAAAAACGGGAUAUCUA